AUGGUUGCUGUUGAUUUUAACAACUCGCCUACUGUUAUUCCAUGCAUAAUACCUGAUCGAGAACAAGAAGUUGAUAUUCAUAAUGGUGCUGAGGCUAGAAGGAAACGAAGGCUUCAACAAAGAAGAGAAUUAAUACAAAAAGAAAUGUCUACCCAUCCUCAAGAAUUUAAUGAUGAAUGA